UAAUAGUUAUUGAAGCACGACUAACAUUCACUGAAGUACCAUUCGAUGAUAAGAGAAAUUUGAUCGUAAAAAUUGGACUCAUUUUGCUGCCAUCUAUCCAUAAAUUGAUAACUUAUCAGUAACUUCAAUGUGGUAAUUAUCUGGACUAUGGUCUCGUGUUCUGUCAUCAAAAUACUAAUAAAAAUUUAAUCCGACAUGAAUUUCUCGGAAGCUGGAGUGGCCGACGUUUUGCGUUGUGCACAAAGAGAUGAAAGCUUUGUCCGAGACAUGCAAGACAACGUUCAAGCUAUUGUAAAACUGUUUAGCAGCAGAAAAAGUCAUGCAACUCAAAGAAUAAUCCCAGCACUCACAAACGCGUGGUAUUAUUGCAUGACAACUUUGGGAAAUAUUCAAACUCUGGGUGAAGAAUACACUGGUACUUUGCGAUUCGAUAAAAACAAGAAAAUUCCUUCCAAAACUAUUGAACUUGUGUGGUUGUUGUUGUAUUUAGGAGGAGAGCCACUUUAUGAUAGGUUAAUACACUCAUUACAAAAUAACAUAAAAAAUUCACAUGAAUUAACAGAAGAGGCGCAAAGUGUGUUUUUAAAGAUAUUGGGCUUUUUCCAUCAACACAAACAAGCUCUGAAGCGAAUUCACCAUUCACUGUUUUACAUGGAUGGAAAAUACUACAAUAUCUCAAACAGGAUAAUGGGUGUAAAAUAUGUGUUAGUAAGGGAAUGGUUGAGAGAUGACACUUUCACUUACAGUUUUAAGUUGUUGGGACAGUUAUCGCUGUUUUAUAUUUUGUUUAAUUUUAUUCAACAAGUAUGGUCUUUUCAAUCCGCUGGAAACAUAGAAAAUGUUACCCACGGAAGUGAAGUAUCAAGAAAGGAUUGUAUUUUGUGUGCUGAAAGUCGAAAGAACCCCUGUGUGACUCCAUGUGGGCACAUAUUUUGCUGGGACUGUAUCUGUGAUAGUUUAUGUUAUCAGCAUAGUUGUCCCAUUUGUAGGGAAGUUGUUUUACCAAAUAGAAUAAUUUUGUUACAAAAUUAUGUUUAAAUCAAUUCGUUUUUGUUAAUUUAAAUAAAUGGUUUUGAAAAUA